AUGUCCAAAAGCGCCGAGCCACGGCCUACGGAAGACGCGCGUCCACUGCUGGGUUUGUGUGCCCCCGUCCCGUGCAUGAUCCCGUUGCCUCCGCUGGGCUACGAGUUGCACUCCUGCCUCAUGAACUACUCUGAUCUGUGGAGGGCGAGCGUCAGAGGCGCGCUCUGCGGGAAGACCAACUGUAGCGCCUGCGUCAAACCGGACUCUCUGAAGCAGCCGCUGCUGACGUCCAGCCGCGUGGUCAAGCCGCAGGUGCUGCACCAGGCCGUGGCCGUGCCCGGGUCUUUGUACUACGUCAACUACCUGGAGGCGGCGUACCCGCAGCACGAGCUCUUCUCCGGGCCCUGGUCUCAGGCCUCUUUGGCCGCGCACCAAAGGCUGCUGCUGCGAGACAAACUUUCCUCAGAGAAAGUGCCAACACCACAGUAUCCGCACAAAGAGCACCUCCCCGGACAGUUGGACCAGAUCGUCAAGGACCACAGUCUGAGCGCGGACAAGAACACAAGCAAGACGCACAACAAAGUCAGCGGCAGCAGCAGCGCCGACGGGAAACCCAAGAACUUUACUUGUGAAGUUUGUGGCAAGGUUUUCAACGCGCACUACAACCUGACCCGACACAUGCCCGUGCACACCGGAGCGCGGCCUUUCGUGUGUAAAGUGUGCGGGAAGGGCUUCCGUCAGGCCAGUACUCUGUGCCGCCACAAGAUCAUCCACACGCAGGAGAAGCCGCACAAGUGUAACCAGUGCGGGAAGGCCUUCAACAGAAGCUCCACACUCAACACGCACGUGCGCAUCCACGCGGGAUACAAACCUUUCAUCUGUGAAUUCUGCGGCAAAGGCUUCCACCAAAAAGGGAACUACAAGAACCACAAGCUCACCCACAGCGGAGAGAAGCAGUACAAGUGCUCGAUCUGCAACAAGGCCUUCCAUCAGAUCUACAACCUGACCUUCCACAUGCACACGCACAACGACAAGAAGCCCUUCACCUGCUCCACCUGCGGCAAGGGCUUCUGCCGCAACUUCGACCUCAAGAAACACAUCCGCAAACUGCACGACAACAACUACACAGCCUCGGAAGCAGCGCGCGACCUGCCUAGCUGA